CGGAAGUGCGUCAGGGCGGGCAGGCGGGCGUUGCCAUGGAGGAGCUGAGCGCGGCGCUGGCGGCCGGCGCCGUCCUGGCGGCUCCCAACAGCCCGGCCGGUCCUCACCCCCGGCUGGCCGCCUACAAGGCCCGCGGCGGGCCGGGGCAGGCCGAACGCCGCCGGCGCCUCCUCCGCCUCCAGAGAGAGAGGCGGCUGGACUACGUGAACCAUGCCAGGAGGUUGGCAGAGGACGACUGGGCAGGGGUGGAGAGCGAGGGCGAGGAGAAGGAGGAAGAUGCGGAGGAAGAGGAGAUGGACGUGGAUGCUGGCAAGAAGUUGCCCAAGCGCUACGCCAAUCAGCUGAUGCUGUCAGAAUGGCUGGUUGAUGUCCCCUUGGAUCUGGAGCAGGAGUGGGUUGUAGUGGUGUGUCCUGUUGGGAAAAGGGCGCUUGUUGUGGCGUCCAGGGGCACAACAGCAGCUUACACCAAAAGUGGCUUCUGUGUCAACAGGUUCCCAUCCCUGCUGCCGGGAGGGAACCGGCACAAUUCAACGAGCGAGAAAGUGUACUGCAUCUUGGACUGCAUCUACAAUGAGGCAAAGCAGACGUACUAUAUCCUCGAUGUGAUGUGCUGGAGAGGACACCCUGUUUAUGACUGCCAGACCGACUUCAGAUUCUUCUGGCUCUCCUCAAAGAUCCAAGAGGAGGAAGGGCUGGGAGAGAAAAGCAGGAUUAAUCCAUUCAAAUUUGUGGGCCUGCAGAACUUCCCCUGCUCCUCGGACAGCCUGUGUAAGGUGCUGGCUAUGGACUUCCCCUUCGAGGUCGACGGACUUCUCUUCUAUCACAAGCAAACCCACUACACCCCCGGCAGCACCCCGCUGGUGGGCUGGCUCCGGCCUUACAUGGUACCCGAAAUCCUCGGGCUUGCCGUGCCCACUACCGUGCUCACUGCCAAACCAGACUAUGCUGGGCGUCAGCUCCAGCAGAUCAUUGAGAGCAAGAAGAUUAAAAAGCUGGCAGCAGAAAAGGGUCACCCGAGCAGUGCAGUGGCUGCGAGGAAUGGACAUUACGAGCUGGAACACUUGUCUACCCCUCAGCCAGCAAACUCUCUGGAGGGCCAGGAUGAAGCAGUGAGCCAGAUGGAGAAUUAGGCUGCUGGGACAGACUGGUUGGGUAAGGAGAAAGCAAAAGGUUCCCCGCUUCUUACUGUCACUCACCCUCCCUGAGAGGGGGGCAAAGGUAAUGAUAGGAUGGUUUUGUUUAAAGGGCAUGAAAGUGGAGUAUCUUGCUCUAAGUGCUGCUGGAUUUUUUUGUUGUUUCGUUUUUUGGGGGGAUUUUGGGGGGGUUUUUUGGGUUUUUUUUUUGCCAGGGCUUCUGUGAGGCCUUAACAGGAUUGUCUGGUUCUUUGCUAAGGCAGUCGUGCGUUGGGAAGUGAACGUUCAGCUCCUGACCCUGCUUCUGUUAAAGUCUCUGGCAAAGCUUCAGCAUAGGAAAGUGCUCAGACCUCCAAGGUGCAGCUGCUGCUCGUAACCCCAGCCCCAAUGGCAGCCCCACCUCCCCGGCCCCGGCAAUCGGGGCAUUUCAGCCUUUGAUCCAGCUGUUUACCAAGGCCUUCUCAAUGAAAGUUUUGUGGUCAGUUCGCUUCUAGUAACAAAAAGUUUGCAGCAGGCUGCUGUAAAUCCAAAGGCAGGGCUUUCCACACCCACAUGUUACUGAGAAAAACUAAAUUUCCUUGCAUCGCAGCAGGCCCUGCCUCCAAGCACAGCUUUGUGUGGCGCAAGCGCGGCAGAAGCCUGUACUCGAGGCUUUUCUCAGUAGGGGGAGGAAGGAAUGGUUUCACUCUGAAAAACGCUAGCAUUGAUUGUGCCAAAUAAAAGGUUUCUCAGAAAGACAAA